UGUGUAUUUUACAAUUUUUAAAACGAAAAAAAGGUCUUUAGUCUUUUCCCAUUGUUUUAUUACAUUUGCUUUGCCAAGUAAAACAUUCUUAUAUAAUUUUAAUGUUUUGUUCCAUUAGUUAUUUUAAGUAUGUUGUAAUAACUGACACUUUCCGGUUUUUUUAACCUGGUACAGCAAGAGACUAUUUCACACUGGUCUUCCCCACUUGCAUCCUUUGGCACAUAAAUUUAUGUAUUAGGUUCUGUAAAUUAUUUGCUUGGGAUUGUGUGACUGGAGAAACAUUUCCUACAUUUUCCCAAGGUAGGCAGAGGCAAAUUAUACCACUACAGUAAUUGCAAAUUUUUGUUUCAUUUAAAUGUCCUCCACUAUUGUUUCAGUAAUUUUUAUGUAUGUUCCUCUAGGCCCUUAAAUGUGAUAUCCCUCCAUUAAGUUUGUUUCCAAGAAAGCAAUAUUCUCAGUUACUUCUGAGACAGGUAACUUCUCUUUCCCUUAUUUUUAAAGAUAUCUGUUGCUGGGAGCACUGAUCGGAAUGGAUUACCUCUACAUUCUUCGUAUUUGCAGACUGCUUUCAGUUUUGGUUCCCAGACUUUUGGUCUUAAAGAUGCCUUUACACUAAAAAAUUACGGGGGACCUCAAAGAGCGUACCAUCAUUGAAUGUCUAAAAUAUAUUUGUACUGGAGAUUUCCCUCCUGGAACCAAAGGAAAUACAUUUGUACAUGAUCCCAAGGUUGCUCAAGAAACAGAUGUGAGAGCCCAGAUUCGUCUGCAAUUUCGUGAUGUCAAUGGAGAACUUAUAGCUGUACAAAGAUCUAUGGUGUGUACUCAGAAAAGCAAAAAGACAGAAUUUAAAACUCUGGAAGGAGUCAUUACUAGAACAAAGCAUGGUGAAAAGGUCAGUCUAAGCUCUAAGUGUGCAGAAAUUGACCGAGAAAUGAUCAGUUCUCUUGGGGUUUCCAAGGCUGUGCUAAAUAAUGUCAUUUUCUGUCAUCAAGAAGAUUCUAAUUGGCCUUUAAGUGAAGGAAAGGCUUUGAAGCAAAAGUUUGAUGAGAUUUUUUCAGCAACAAGAUACAUUAAAGCCUUGGAAACACUUCGGCAGGUACGUCAGACACAAGGUCAGAAAGUAAAAGAAUAUCAAAUGGAACUAAAAUAUCUGAAGCAAUAUAAGGAAAAAGCUUGUGAGAUUCGUGAUCAGAUUACAAGUAAGGAAGCCCAGUUAACAUCUUCAAAGGAGAUUGUCAAAUCCUAUGAGAAUGAACUUGAGCCAUUGAAGAAUCGUCUAAAAGAAAUUGAACAUAAUCUCUCUAAAAUAAUGAGACUUGACAAUGAAAUUAAAGCCUUGGAUAGCCGAAAGAAGCAAAUGGAGAAAGAUAAUAGUGAACUGGAAGAGAAAAUGGAAAAGGUUUUUCAAGGGACUGAUGAGCAACUAAAUGACUUAUAUCAUAAUCACCAGAGAACAGUAAGGGAGAAAGAAAGGAAAUUGGUAGACUGUCAUCGUGAACUGGAAAAACUAAAUAAAGAAUCUAGGCUUCUCAAUCAAGAAAAAUCAGAACUGCUUGUUGAACAGGGUCGUCUACAGCUACAAGCAGAUCGCCAUCAAGAACAUAUCCGAACUAGAGAUUCAUUAAUUCAGUCUUUGGCAACACAGCUAGAAUUGGAUGGCUUUGAGCGUGGACCAUUCAGUGAAAGACAGAUUAAAAAUUUUCACAAACUUGUGAGAGAGAGACAAGAAGGGGAAGCAAAAACUGCCAACCAACUGAUGAAUGACUUUGCAGAAAAAGAGACUCUGAAACAAAAACAGAUAGAUGAGAUAAGAGAUAAGAAAACUGGACUGGGAAGAAUAAUUGAGUUAAAAUCAGAAAUCCUAAGUAAGAAGCAGAAUGAGCUGAAAAACGUGAAGUAUGAAUUACAGCAGUUGGAAGGAUCUUCAGACAGGAUUCUUGAACUGGACCAGGAGCUCAUAAAAGCUGUUUAUUUACUAAUUCUCUACCAUUAUAACAUAGAACGUGAGUUAAGCAAGGCUGAGAAAAACAGCAAUGUAGAAACCUUAAAAAUGGAAGUAAUAAGUCUUCAAAAUGAAAAAGCAGACUUAGACAGGACCCUGCGUAAACUUGACCAGGAGAUGGAGCAGUUAAACCAUCAUACAACAACACGUACCCAAAUGGAGAUGCUGACCAAAGACAAAGCUGACAAAGAUGAACAAAUCAGAAAAAUAAAAUCUAGGCACAGUGAUGAAUUAACCUCACUGUUGGGAUAUUUUCCCAACAAAAAACAGCUUGAAGACUGGCUACAUAGUAAAUCAAAAGAAAUUAAUCAGACCAGGGACAGACUUGCCAAAUUGAACAAGGAACUAGCUUCAUCUGAGCAGAAUAAAAAUCAUAUAAAUAAUGAACUAAAAAGAAAGGAAGAGCAGUUGUCCAGUUACGAAGACAAGCUGUUUGAUGUUUGUGGUAGCCAGGAUUUUGAAAGUGAUUUAGACAGGCUUAAAGAGGAAAUUGAAAAAUCAUCAAAACAGCGAGCCAUGCUGGCUGGAGCCACAGCAGUUUACUCCCAGUUCAUUACUCAGCUAACAGAUGAAAACCAGUCAUGUUGCCCCGUUUGUCAGAGAGUUUUUCAGACAGAGGCUGAAUUGCAGGAAGUCAUCAGUGAUUUGCAGUCUAAACUGCGACUUGCUCCAGAUAAACUCAAGUCAACAGAAUCAGAGCUAAAAAAAAAGGAAAAGCGGCGUGAUGAAAUGCUGGGACUUGUGCCCAUGAGGCAAAGCAUAAUUGAUUUGAAGGAGAAGGAAAUACCAGAAUUAAGAAACAAACUGCAGAAUGUCAAUAGAGACAUACAGCGCCUAAAGAACGACAUAGAAGAACAAGAAACACUCUUGGGUACAAUAAUGCCUGAAGAAGAAAGUGCUAAAGUAUGCCUGACAGAUGUUACAAUUAUGGAGAGGUUCCAGAUGGAACUUAAAGAUGUUGAAAGAAAAAUUGCACAACAAGCAGCUAAGUUACAAGGAAUAGACUUAGAUCGAACUGUCCAACAAGUCAACCAGGAGAAACAAGAGAAACAGCACAAGUUAGACACAGUUUCUAGUAAGAUUGAAUUGAAUCGUAAGCUUAUACAGGACCAGCAGGAACAGAUUCAGCAUCUAAAAAGUACAACAAAUGAGCUAAAAUCUGAGAAACUUCAGAUAUCCACUAAUUUGCAACGUCGUCAGCAACUAGAGGAGCAGACUGUGGAAUUAUCCACUGAAGUUCAGUCUUUGUACAGAGAGAUAAAGGAUGCUAAAGAGCAGGUAAGCCCUUUGGAAACAACAUUGGAAAAGUUCCAGCAAGAAAAAGAAGAAUUAAUCAACAAAAAAAAUACAAGCAACAAAAUAGCACAGGAUAAACUGAAUGAUAUUAAAGAGAAGGUUAAAAAUAUUCAUGGCUAUAUGAAAGACAUUGAGAAUUAUAUUCAAGAUGGGAAAGACGACUAUAAGAAGCAAAAAGAAACUGAACUUAAUAAAGUAAUAGCUCAACUAAGUGAAUGCGAGAAACACAAAGAAAAGAUAAAUGAAGAUAGGAGAAUCAUGAGACAAGAUAUUGAUACACAGAAGAUACAAGAAAGGUGGCUACAAGAUAACCUUACUUUAAGAAAAAGAAAUGAGGAACUAAAAGAAGUUGAAGAAGAAAGAAAACAACAUUUGAAGGAAAUGGGUCAAAUGCAGGUUUUGCAAAUGAAAAAUGAACAUCAGAAGUUGGAAGAGAACAUAGACAAUAUAAAAAGAAAUCAUAAUUUGGCAUUAGGGCGACAGAAAGGUUAUGAAGAAGAAAUUAUUCAUUUUAAGAAAGAACUUCGAGAACCACAAUUUCGGGAUGCUGAGGAAAAGUAUAGAGAAAUGAUGAUUGUUAUGAGGACAACAGAACUUGUGAACAAGGAUCUGGAUAUUUAUUAUAAGACUCUUGACCAAGCAAUAAUGAAAUUUCACAGUAUGAAAAUGGAAGAAAUCAAUAAAAUUAUACGUGACCUGUGGCGAAGUACCUAUCGUGGACAAGAUAUUGAAUACAUAGAAAUACGGUCUGAUGCCGAUGAAAAUGUAUCAGCUUCUGAUAAAAGGCGGAAUUAUAACUACCGAGUGGUGAUGCUGAAGGGAGACACAGCCUUGGAUAUGCGAGGACGAUGCAGUGCUGGACAAAAGGUAUUAGCCUCACUCAUCAUUCGCCUGGCCCUGGCUGAAACAUUCUGCCUCAACUGUGGCAUCAUUGCCUUGGAUGAGCCAACAACAAAUCUUGACCGAGAAAACAUUGAAUCUCUUGCACAUGCUCUGGUUGAGAUAAUAAAAAGUCGCUCACAGCAGCGUAACUUCCAGCUUCUGGUAAUCACUCAUGAUGAAGAUUUUGUGGAGCUUUUAGGACGUUCUGAAUAUGUGGAGAAAUUCUACAGGAUUAAAAAGAACAUCGAUCAGUGCUCAGAGAUUGUGAAAUGCAGUGCAGCCUCUGACAAGUCUUCAAGGUUCAGCAGUACAGCCGAGACUUGACUCUGUGCCUCCCUCCCCAGUGCAAAUGCAUACUCCUUCUCAAAGCACUGUUGAGAAGGAGAUAAUUACUGCCUUGAAAAUUUAUGGUUUUGGUAUUUUUUUUAUCAUAGUUAAAUAUUACCUCUGAAUUUAUUUCCUUGCAUGUGGUUUGAAAAACUGAGUAUUAAUAUCUGAGGAUGACCAGAAAUGGUGAGAUGUAUAUUUGGCUCUGCUUUUAACUUUAUAAAUCCAGUGACCUCUCUCUCUGGGACUUGGUUUCCCCAACUAAAAUUUGAAGUAGUUGAAUGGGGUCUCAAAGUUUGACAGGAACCUUAAGCAAUCAUCUCAGUCAGUACCCACCACCUUCUCCUACAUAUCCCUUCCAGAUGGUCAUCCAGACUCAGAGCUCUCUCUACAGAGAGGAAAUUCUCCACUGUGCACACCCACCUUUGGAAAGCUCUGACCACUUGAGGCCUGAUCUGCCCAUUGUGAAGAAGCCUGUAACACUCCUCUGCGUCUAUCCUGUGUAGUAUACUGGCUUCACCAUCAAUCCUGAUUCCUCUCCAAGUGGGCAUUGCUGUGUGGAAGGCAAGCCAGGCUCACUCACAAAGUCAAGGCCUGCUCCCUGUAGGGUCCAACCAGACCUGGAAGAGCAGGCCUCUCCAUUUGCUCUUCAGAUGCCAUUUCUAAGAAAAGCCUAAUCACACUUUUUCCUGGACUUGCCAGCUGACAUCUUGAAUCCUUCCAUUCCACACAGAAUGCAACCAAGUCACACGCUUUUGAAUUACGCUUUGUAGAGUUUUGUCAUUCAGAGUCAGCCAAGACCAUACCAGGUCUUGAUUCAGUCACGUGGCAUGGUUUUGUGCCAUCUGUAGCUGUAAUGAGCAUGUUGCCUAGACGGUUUUUCUCAACUGGGUCCAGAAGAGAAUUAAGCCCUAAGGUCCUAAGGCAUCUGUGCUAGGUUAAAUGGUUGGCCCCCAAAGAUAGGUCCUGAUUUCCAGAACCCGUGACUGUUACUUUAUAUGGCAAAGGAAACUUUGCAGAUGUGAUUAAAGCUAAGGACCUUAAGACAGAGUAUCCUUGGGGUGGUGGUGGGGGGGGGGGGGGUCCUAAAUGUAAUCACGAGUAAGAUUAAGAACAAAUCAAUUAUAGUCAUAUGUUAAACAUCCACAAUAACCAAGAUAUUUUUAUCCCAAGAAUGCAAGAUUUCAGAAAAUGAAAAAUCUUUGAUAAAUCAUCACUAUAAUAAAACCGAAGAGGAAAAAAUUCUGAAAAAAUUCUAGCAGCCGUAUUUUAUAAAAUUCAACAUCUCCUAGCUUUAGCAAACUCAGUUUUGCAAAGAAUAUUUUCUUAAUGUUAUCUGUUGCUAAAUCAAAAACAGUCAUCUUAAUUGCAAAAUAAAACAUUUCUCAGUAAAUGUUAAAGCCAGUUACCUUCUAUCAACAUGUGAAUGAAAGUGCUAGUUGUUGCAGCAAGGACUAACAAAGGCAAUACAAGAUCAAUAUAGGCAGUGAAACAAAAGUAUCAUUUGCAAGUUAAAACAGACUUCCCAAUUUUAAAUCUGGUUUCCCCCUGAGUAUGUGGCAUCCUUGGCAGCACUUCUGAGAGUGGCUGCUUUCGUUCCAAGAAGCCCAUGGGUUUGGAGGUGGGAUAGGUGCCUUUCUGGCUUCUCAUUGCUGCUUCUAGAUCAUUCUCCAAAUAUCCCCCUUCCCCACAUUGGAAUGAAUAGCCAUCACAGCAUGGAUGGAGGUUAGAAUGAGCCAGACUGCCUGGGCUGAAAUCCUAGCACACCACUCACUAGCUGGGGACCUUGAGCAAGUUAUUUGUCCUGUUUUGUUUCUGUUUCCUUAUAUGUAAAAGUGGGUAAAAUGGUACAUAUUUUGUAGGGUUGUUAUGAAGAUUGGAUGACAUUAUUUACAAACUGCUUAGAACUGCUUGCCACCUACUAAAUACUGUGUAAGUGUUCAAGAAAAAGCUGUCUUCAUUUCA